GAGUCUGUUCCUAUGGGGACCAGGUUGAAAGCGAAAGCCUUUAGAGAGAGAGAGCGGCUCGACCUACAGUUCAAACAACGUGAAUGUCCAUCUCCAUUCUCCUCAGUCGAUGUGUAUGCCAGUUUAGCGUUCUCUCCGCUCUGAAUUUCUUAUUUUGCAAAGUGUACAUCCAAACGACACCUGGACAUCUCAAGGAGCGCGUUUCUUGGACCAAAACAAGUGUAAAUCUGCUGGACCUGGUCGACUGCUCUGCGACUACUACCACUCCCAGUCAGUCCUCAGACAUCACCAUGGAGAAGUAUGAGAAGAUGGGGAAGAUCGGGGAAGGGUCCUACGGCGUGGUGUUCAAGUGCAGGAACAGGGACACGGGACAGAUCGUUGCCAUCAAGAAGUUUGUGGAGUCUGAAGACGAUCCCGUCAUUAAGAGGAUCGCUCUGAGAGAGAUUAGGAUGCUGAAGCAACUAAAGCACUCCAACCUGGUGAACCUGAUUGAGGUGUUCAGACGUAAACGUAAGCUACACCUGGUGUUUGAAUACUGUGAUCACACCGUCCUCAACGAGCUGGACCGAUACCCCAGAGGUGUUCCAGAACAUCUGGUAAAAAGCAUCACCUGGCAGACACUCCAGGCUGUCAACUUCUGUCAUAAACAGAACUGCAUCCACAGAGAUGUGAAGCCCGAGAAUAUCCUCAUCACUAAACAGCAGGUCAUUAAGCUCUGUGACUUCGGAUUCGCCAGGAUCCUCACCGGUCCAUGUGACUACUACACAGACUAUGUGGCAACGCGAUGGUACCGUGCCCCUGAGCUGCUCGUGGGUGAUACUCAGUAUGGAGCCCCUGUUGAUGUUUGGGCGCUGGGCUGUGUCUUCUCUGAGCUGCUCUCUGGCAUCCCCCUCUGGCCCGGCAAGUCAGACAUGGACCAGCUCUACCUCAUCAGGAAGACACUGGGAGACCUGAUCCCCCGCCACCAGCAGGUAUUCAGUAAGAACCAGUUCUUCAGUGGAGUGUGCAUCCCAGAGCCUCAGGAAAUGGAAACUCUGGAACUGAAAUACCCCAACCUAUCAUAUCAAGCACUGAGUCUGAUGAAGGGCUGCCUGCGUAUGGACCCGUCGGAGCGGCUGACCUGUGAGCAGCUUCUGGAGCACCCGUACUUCGACAGCCAACGGGAGGAGAGCGAGAGCACCGGCCGGGAACAUGACCGCUCCACCAAGAAGAGGUCACGCCUCCUGCCCCGCAAACACCUCCCACCUGGGAUCUGUAAGGUGGAACUUGGAAGCAAUAUGGUGGAAGCUCCAUGCAAAUUGGGACCAGCUGUCAGAGAUGGCAAAAUGCUGUACAAACAAUUGAAGUAUUUGCCUCAGCUCACCAGCAGCAGUAUCUUCCCAGCUCUGGACAACAAGAAGUACUAUACCAGCCUGAGGAAAUUCAACUACCACUUCCCUAACAUCUAAAUCCACCAUUUUGGAUCAGAAAUUCAACUACCACUUCCCUGACAUCUAAAUCCACCAUUUUGGAUCAGAAAUUCAACAACCACUUCCCUGACAUCUAAACCCACCAUUUUGGAUCAGAAAUUCAACUACCACUUCCCUGACAUCUAAAUCCACCAUUUUGGAUCAGAAAUCCAACUACCACUUCCCUGACAUCUAAAUCCACCAUUUUGGAUUUGAAUGGUCCAGUCGCACAUUCAUCAACAUAUACCGUGUUCACGGUGCUAGUCAGAACUAGGAAACUGACAUUUCCUGGUUGUAGUUAUAGACGUGUCGCGUACAACGAAUCAACAAGUGGGACAUUUCUGAGUUUUCUAGUUCCGACUAGCAUGUAAACACGGCAAUAUUCUGGUCAGCUCAGGAACCAGGAAGUGAAUCACAACGUGGAAGGACAGGGAGAAGUCCUUGUGAUGUCAUUCUAUGCACUGUCAACUUUUUUUUUUCUACUGAAAGACAAUUUUAUUAUGUGGUGGUUGCCUCCAUUGAAGGCGUAUUUUGUAUAUCUAUAUAAUGUUGACAAGGAGCAGCCUAGUGCUCAGCUGGUAGAUUGAGGUUGUCUUCCAGGCAGACUACGUUGCACGGUGCCGGCCUGGCUAUAACAUAUGUGGUUGAUCUGAUACGUAAAAUACCUAUCCAGACAUUGUGAGAUCUGGCAGGCGUCUGCAAUGUAGUCAACCUGGGAACACAGCCAGAUACUCGUGUAGAACGGAGGGAGCACCAUACCCUACUGCCUUGACUGGUUUUGCCAAAUGUUAUUUGUGUUUUGUUAAAAUAUUGAUUUUCUCAGAAGUAGGUUUGAGUCAUUUGUAAAGAGAAGAAGAAAUGUAACAGAAGGUGAAAGGUCAGCUCGGCUUUAUUUUAUUGGACAGAAAUUGUCUGAAAUGAUCAGAUCAGCGUAGCUUUGUGGAUUAAAUACCGUAAGGGUUCUAUUCAGUCUAGAUCUCUGAAGCGAUGUGCACGGAACAAAAAUAUACAUGUAAAGUGUUGGUCCCAUGUUUCAUGAGCUGAAAUAAAAGAUCCCAGAAAUGC